AUGGCACCCAUAGCCCGUGCAGGCGCGGCUCUCGUCACCCUAGCCGCCCUCUCCUUCUCCUCCUCCUCUUGGUCCUGGUCCUGGUCCGACACCCCUUACUCUCACGCUCCAAUAACCCCCAUAAUUGCCAGCACAGUGACCAAAAUCCUCGAGCGCUGUUCCCUCACUUCUAUCACCAAAAUUUCCGACUCUAAUGCUGCCCCAAGGCUGCACUGUUUGGCGGCGCUCUCAGAAGACGCUAUCAACGAGCAUUAA